CGAGUGAGCGAGCGAGGCAGAGAGAGGCAGAGAGAGAGAGAGAGAGAGAGCAGCGAUCAGCAGUGGUGCAGCGGCAGAUCGCUCCCUCACUCGGCCGUCAGACGCAGAGGAAUGAUAAUUAGAAUGAGAUUGACUCGGCAACAAGAAGACCAAGAAAAAGGUGGAGGAAGAGAAAAGGAGCCGGGCCUCCGUCAGCAGUAAGAGGAGGAACAGUGGAGAAUACGCGAGGAGAGGGGGGAGAGAGGAAAAAAAGGAUUGAAAUUCCCCUCUUUUGGUCAAGAAGAACGAAGAAGAGAGGGGAUUCGGGCGCUGCAGUGUAGGGUUAUUUAUGCAUUUUUGGGGGGGACAUGAUGUUGACAGCAGCGGCGGCGGCGGCGGCAGUGGAGGAGUGAGUAGGGAUCAAUAAUCCUCCCUCUCUCCUCCCCCCCACCCCCCUUCAUCCCUCCAUCACCUCUGCAGGAACCGCUGAAACCUGAUCUAGACCAGCCAAUCAAUGGGAUGACAAUUCAAUGUAAUGCCAAACCACUGAUGGUGUCCAGGCAGUAAAUAAAUGCCUGGCAUGAGACUGAUCUUCAGUGUGAGGCUUCAUCUGACCAGACAGCUGCAGGAGGCCCACCUGAGUCCUGCAGUUGAAUCCAUGGAACUGGUCGAGUUCCAGUCUUCCACCACCGUCCGAAGAUGAUCUUUUGUUGACGAUCUCUGCUUUUGAUUCGAUAUCUGAACCCUUUACGAUCGAGAAGUUCUGGAUUGAGUAUUCGUCUUUAUGUUUAGAAAACUCACUGGACUGUUUUAAAUGAGGCCUCGGAAAGAAGCAGGUGACUGGUCGAGUACUCGUCAAUGAUGCUUCAGUGUGGUACUACCGCACCCCUGUACCCAGUGCUUAUGUUCUCCAUCUUUGAUACAGAGGAACCAGUUAAGUCUUCAACAGCUUGGGUUCGCUCCUUUACUUCACCGGAACCAAUAUUUCCAACUUCUACAUGGAGUACAGAGAGUGGAUAGAACCAAGUCACUGACAAACAAACUGUGGAAGGCGGGAAAGACAAUCUCUCUGUCCUUUAGUGUGGUUUUCCGUCGUCAUGGGACAGGGCUGCGGCAGCGACAGCUCCUGAUCCUCACCAGGGAAUGUUUGAUGACUCCGUAAAUGCCUCUGAUUGUUGUCCACAAGGGCAGGGCCCGUCCUGAUCUUUGAAUCAGCUGUUGAAGAGGAAGGAGGUUCUCUCCCCCCCACUCACCUCCGGUGGGGGGGAGGGUGAAGGAGUUUGACUAUCGGUUGUAGCGUUUAGGACAGCAUUUUGUAGACGUUUAUUGAUUUGAGUUUGUAGAUUAGAUCUUUCCAAUCCUGAGUGUAGUUUUCAACAUUUAUUGAGUUAAUCUGCGUAUUGCCAUCCCAGCUGAUUCUUAGGCAGCAUUUCACAUAGGUCAGUUAGCUUCAGUGCUAACUGCUUCCAAAAGUGCUUGGAUUACUAAGCUUUUUUUUUUCACAUUUAUUCUCAGCAAUCUAUAGCCACUUCCAAGUUCCAGUUAGCUCUUCUACUUACUCUUUGGCCAAGAGUCUGUCAUGGAUGCCAAUCAAGGCCCGGGUCAGAGCAGUCCAGAAAGCCCUAACCGGGCUGUGGAGUACCUUCUCGAACUCAACAACAUCAUUGAGAGCCAGCAGAAGCUUUUAGAAACCCAGAGGCGUCGAAUCGAGGAGCUGGAGAUUCAACUGGAUCGUCUGAGCCAAGAGAACAAGGACCUACGUUUGGACCGGCAACCAGUCGUUCCGCCGCCACCCGCUCCUCCUGAGCCACCGCUGCCUCCUCCUCCGCCACCACCUCCGCCCACUCAGACCACAACUUCUAUGUCCACCAAGAACCACCACCACCAUCACCAGAACAGCCAGCACCCAACUCCUCCCCAGCCUCCGUCCUCCAUCCCACUCCACCACAGCCAGCACCACCAUCACCAGCAUCAUCAGCAUCAUUAUCAGCAGCAGCACCACCACCACUCCUCCUCCUCCUCCUCCGCCGCCCACCACUCCUACAACAGUACCAACAGCACCAGUGCCAUCCCUGUCCCCGUUUCGACACCAACUUCUGCUCCCGCUUCUAUUUCAAUUCCGACCCAGAUUCCGGCUCCAACGUCCUCCUCUGCGGCCCCAGCUCCACCUCCCCCUCCUCCAAUACCACCCCGGGAUCAGCCACGGGUCCACAGCCGGUUGUCCCGCGCAUCCUCUACCAGCACCGGCACUAACACCAACUUUGUGGAGAAAGAGAGGGAGAGGCUGGAGCGGAUGCACCGAGGCAGUGCCUCCAACAACCACCACGCCCACACCCUGCAUCAUCACAAAAUUGUGGAGGGUGACUCCCAGUGUCCAGAGUCGCUCACAUAUGCUGACUCCUCCUUUGGCCACUUGCCCCCCUUAUACCUCUACAGCAACAGUCCUCUCUCCAGCCCCUGUGACCCCAGCAGCUCCUCCUCCAUCAGGAGGCCACUUGGUGUCCCACACACACUCAUUCAGGGCAGCUCUCCCAUAUCUCCCCCCAGCCCAGCUAGCCUGGCCUGGGCUCAGCGCAGCCGACACCAGCCAGCCAGCCUGGCGCUCCGUAAGCAAGAGGAGGAGGAGAGCAAACGCUGCAAGGCUCUGUCUGACAGCUAUGAGCUCUCGACGGACCUCCAGGACAAAAAGGUGGAAAUGUUGGAGAGGAAGUAUGGCGGUCCGUUUGUGUCUCGGCGAGCUGCCAGGACCAUCCAGACAGCCUUCAGACAGUACCGCAUGAACAAGAACUUUGAGAGGCUCCGAAGCUCCGCCUCAGAGAGCAGGAUGACCCGACGUAUUAUCCUGUCCAACAUGAGGAUGCAGUACUCCUUUGACGAGCGGCCACCGCAGUGUCAGGGGUCAACAGGUCAGCAGGGUUCAGAGGACCCAGGAGAUGCCGACGAUUCCUUCUCUAAGCAGGUAAAGUCUCUGGCCGACUCCAUAGAUGAUUCCCUGACCUGCCAGUCAGGACGAGAAGACUCCCAGGAUGUGGGAGGAGAAGGAGAGGACGAUGACGAGGACGAUGAGGAUGAGGAGGAGGAAGAAGAAGAGGAGGAAGAUGAGGAGGAUGAGGACGAGGAUUACAGACAGUGCACGUGGCGCAACACCAACGCAUCCCCCCAACACACUGUGGGGCGGCUGGGAGGGGUCGGGAGAGGAGGAGGAGGCAUGGGAGGAAGAGUAGUCGGAGGUGGCGCCAUGCAUGAGGACAGUACUGCCACCUCCUUCAGCGAUAUCACCCUCUACCUGGAUGAGGGCUGUCUCCCUUCAUCCCCACUGUCCCGCCCUCCGUCCUCGCCACUCUCCCGCCCCGCCUCCAGCUCAGACACAGAAUACUGGGGAGGAGGGACAGGAGGAGGAGGCGGAGGAGUGAGAGAGGACAGUAGGGAAACUGAGGGAGGCAGCAGCACAAGCCGCAGGAGCAGCACACCCUGUACAGAGUGCAGAGUGGAGUACAGGGGGAGGGUGGGGACGGGGGGAGGAGGAGGAGGAGGAGGAGGACACCUGCCUGUGCUCACUAUUGAACCACCUAGUGACAGUUCGGUGGACAUGAGUGACAGGUCAGAGAGAGGCUCUAUUGGGCGCCUGGUUUAUGAGCAGGAGCCUUCAGGAGUUGAGCGAGGAACAGAGAGGGAGAGGAGGACAGGGGGAGGAGAAGGUGAGGGGGAAAGUGGAGAGGACGAGCGACAAGGUGGCGGAGGAGGAGGCGGAGGAGGGAGCAGCGAAACUGAGUCUCCACAGGGAACCAUCAAACACAAACCAAACGGCCGUUCAGUCGCUACGGCUCAGGGUCAAACCCGCAGUCCAUCCAACGUCCCCCUGCCUCUGCCCUCGGCUCGAACCCUGCCCUCCCAUCCGCUCCAACCCUCCCAACCUCACCCUCACCCUCACCCUCAUCCUUUUCCUCAUCCUUCGCCUCUACCUCACCUCCCCACCAUCCUCCACCACCACCCGCACCAGUACAGCCAGCCACACCUGAUGCACAUGCACCACAGCCACGUCGGCGGUGGCGUCAGCCCCUCGUACUUGCAGCAGGCGCACCACUACGCCCAACACCACUACCACCACUUGCACCACUUGCACCACCACCCUCCCCACGCUUACCCAGAACCCCCGUCUUCCCCCUUGCCCUCGUCCGUGCCGCCUCUCUCCCCUCUACCGCUGCCACCGCCGCUAACGCCCUCGCCGCUGUCUUCGUCCCCUCUCCAAAACAUGGAUGCAGUGCAGCAGCAGCACCUCCCUCACCUCCACCACCUUGCCCACCACCAUCACCACCAACACCACGUGCUCUGCUCCGACGGAGACAAUGAGAGCGUGAACUCCACCACCACCAACUCCAACGACGAUACCACCGUUAACAACUGCAGCUCCGGCUCCUCGUCACGCGACAGCCUCCGAGAGCCCAUGGCCGGGGCCACUCUGGGGAAGCAGACCUAUCAGAGGGAGAGUCGCCAAAGCUGGGACUCACCCGCCUUCAACAACGAUGUAGUUCAGCGGCGACAGUACCGCAUUGGACUCAACCUGUUUAACAAGAAGCCAGAGAAGGGGAUCCAGUAUCUGAUCGAGAGAGGUUUUGUGUCGGACACUCCUGUGGGCAUUGCCAGGUUUAUUCUGGAAAGGAAAGGACUGAGCCGGCAGAUGAUCGGAGAGUUCCUGGGCAGCCGACAGCAGUUCAACAAGGAUGUUCUGGACUGUGUCCUGGAUGAGAUGGAUUUCUCUGGGAUGGAUCUUGACGCCGCUCUGCGGAAAUUCCAGGCUCAGAUCAAAGUCCAGGGUGAAGCUCAGCGGGUGGAGCGGCUGGUAGAGGCCUUCAGUCAGCGCUACUGUGUUUGUAACCCAGUGCUGAUCCGACAGUUCCAAAACCCAGACACCAUUUUUAUCUUGGCAUUUGCCAUCAUCCUCCUUAACACGGACAUGUACAGCCCCAAUGUGAAGCCGGAGAGGAAGAUGAAGCUGGAGGACUUCAUUAAGAAUCUGCGAGGUGUUGAUAACGGUCAGGACAUCCCCAGAGACUUGCUGGUGUCCAUCUAUGGGAGGAUCCAAAAGUGGGAAUUGAGGACAAACGAUGAUCACGUGUCUCAGGUUCAGGCGGUGGAGAGGAUGGUGGUCGGCAAGAAACCGGUUCUCUCGUUACCUCACCGCAGACUAGUUUGCUGCUGUCAGCUGUUUGAGGUUCCAGAUCCAAACCGAGCUCAGAGGAGCAGUGUCCACCAGAGGGAGGUGUUCCUGUUUAAUGACCUGCUCAUGGUAACUAAGAUCUUCCAGAAGAAAAAAACUUCAGUAACGUACAGUUUCAGACAAUCAUUUCCUCUGGUGGACAUGCAGGUCCACACCUUCCAAAACACAUACUACCCUCAUGGUAUUAGACUGACGUCAUCAAAUCCUGGUGGAGAGAGAAAGGUGCUGAUCGUCUUUACGGCUCCGAGUCAGCAGGACCGAGCCCGCUUCACCUCUGACCUCAGAGAGAGCAUCGCAGAAGUGCAGGAGAUGGAGAAGUACAGAGUGGAGUCUGAGCUGGAAAAGCAGAAAGGUGUGAUGCGUCCCAACCUGCUAACAGGGGGAGGUUCAGGAAGUGGAGCCAGCACGACUGGUGGGCCCAUGAAGAGUGAGAUGCUGAACGGCACUCUGGGUAGGCCCAGCCUGGAUGACACAUAUGCUUCGGUGGAUGGACUGAAGCGCACAGCACUUAGCUCCUCGCUGAGAGACCUGUCGGAGACAGGGAAGCGAGGACGAAGGAACAGCGUGGGAUCCCUGGACAGUACAAUUGAAGGUUCCAUUAUCAGCAGCCCUCGACCACAUCAGCAGCACCCUCCACACACAGGAGGUCUUUCCUACACUCCUGUGAUGGUCCCUUCUUCUCCAGCAGCCUACCGGCCACACCGCCCUACUCAGAGCCCCGGUACAGGGGUGGGGGGUGGGCCGGGGCUCUGUCACAACCAGGGAGGGGUCACAACCUCCCAACACGUGAGCGGGGGAGGGGUUGGGGGCGCAGGAGGGAUGGCGGGCGGCCCGACUGUUGGCGGCAUGAAUCGGCAGGGGAACUUCUUUGGCAGUCGGCGAGGCAAAGUUCCUGGUCCCCUGAUGAUGACAUCACCGACUCCUCAGGGUCCUCCCAGUCCUCUGAUGAUAUCAUCACCCCCCCACUACCCCGCCCCUGCACCUCCCAUCGCCCACCCAUCCUCCCCUUCCCCAUGCCCCUCCCCAUCACCCAACCUCGGUCAGUCAGACUCGGCAGGAGCUGGGGCCGUGGGAGCUCCGUCCAAACUCCAGGCGUUACAUGCCCAGUACUGCCACAACAGCAGUGGAGGAGGAGGAGUCGGUGUAACUGGGCAGCAGCCGGCACCUCAGCCACCACCCUACCACCAUCACCAUCGCUACCACACGCAGAGCGUUUCGCAGCACCCCGUACUCUCGCACAGGUUCUCCGCCCCUCAGCGGCAGGGCCCUAUCGGCUGCGUUCCCUCUCAUACCCAGCAGCAUCGGGGAAUGCAGCACGCCCAGCACGCCCAGCACCCUCGCUACAGCACCGGCUUGGGCUUCACCACUCCUCCUCCGCUGUCCCCGCACUCUCCGCUCACCCCUACUACUCCGCACAGACUCUACCACUCCCACCCUGCGUUGACAACACGGCCAGGGGGAGGCGCCGGCAAACUCCCGCUCUCCAUCUCUCACUCUCAGCCUCACCCACACGCCCACAGUCACAACCACGCCACGCACAUACACUCCCCCCUAAGCCCCUCCCCGUCCGCCUCCACCCACUUCAUCUUCUCCACUCCACCUCCGCAAACGCCGUCGGCACGACUGGUCACGCAGGCAACGCCGCAGUCCUAUAUUCCCCAGUAUCCGCCCCUCUCCUCCAUCCCGCCGCCUCCUCCACAUUCACCCUUGCCUCCCCCUACCACUGCGCCACUCUCCCCACAUCCAGGGGCAGCUGGAGUGGACCCAAAGCGAAAACCAGUGAGCAGGAUCAGCACGGUCGUUUGAGAAUCAGGCAGAGGCCGAGGACCGUAAUGUGUUAUCCAGCUGGGAGCCACCGGGGGGCUUUGUUGAGACGGAACAGAAGAGGAAAAAGAUGUGCCAGAGCAGAGGGAGAACGAGGAGAAGGUAGAGGGGGGCAACUGCAAGGCUUUCAAAAUGGCUGCCUGUUUCGGAGAAGAGCACUGAGAGCAGGAAAGAGGAAAUUACUCAGCCUGUGUUAUUUCCACUUGCAUUUCCCUCACAGGUAGAAAGAAGAUUCAUUUGUUUCCGCGGGGGGAAAGAAAAAAAAUCCUGGAUAAAUCUGCCUCCUAGGAUCAACUGCCAAGAACGAAAAACCGCUGCAUUUUCAUUCACGAUUAUCUGAAGAAAUCGCUCUCAUUUUCCCGCCGCAUUUCUCAGAACAUCUUUGAGAAACUUUACAAUUCAUUGGUGGAAAAAAAAAAGAAUUCAGGGACCAGGGUUGAAAGAACAGUGCCUGAUGGGUUAGCACCCAAUGCUGAUCCUGUUAGCUUGAGGGACCCAGGUGGAGUAAGAACCGGACAAGCAGAAGCAGAAACAAAAACCGUACUAUUCUUACGCCGCCUAUUUCGCAAAUAAGCCACAGUAUCCUCUUUUGGACCUUAUUGUCAAGAUGAAAAAUGGAGUUUCACGGUUGUAUUAGGUGUUCACACAUUGUGUCUUCAUACUGUGUUGUAAACACUCGCUGCUGCUAGAAUCAGUGUGAACCACAGGGACUGGCCCUACAGAAAACAAACAAAAACAAUCUUAAGCAUUCCAUACAGUUUCAAUCAGUUUGUAGAGCAUCAUUCUCACACAUCCAAGUCCAUUCAGGAAAAUCUGUGGUUUCUAAAUUUCCAUUCCAUUAGACCACGGAGAGCAAAUUCAAAAUUAUUUUAAUCAGAACUAAAGGUGAAAAAAAAAAGUCACCAUGCUUGCAUGUGCAUGGUAAAGUGAAAAUGAAUCUGAAGAUAUUUAAGUUCACCACAGGAGGUCGCUACAGUGCUUUUCUUCACCCUGUACAUAUAAGUGGUAUUACCGUCUCAGGCUGAUUUGUAGUGAUACCUAACUGUUGGUUACCAACCUUAUACGUGUGGUGAUGUUGUUACUGCGUGUGUCAGUACCUCAUACAACCACAGAGGGAGUGAUGAGGUGAGACCGAGCGACAGCGGUGCUUCACAUUGACUCAGUGCAGUUUCGUGUCUUCAACAGGUUUUCUUUUUUGCGUGACCUGUGCAAUAUUCACUGAGCGCCGGUGAGGUUUUCGCUUUAAAAAGCACUAUAUGCAGGAGGAUGAGACGAUGGCGGCGGUCGGGUUGUCCUUUAAGUCAGCGAUUAUUUGGCCAAAAACUAAAAGAAAGUGCAUUAGUGACAACUACUGACAACUUUACCUUAUACAUGGACAAUAAUGCAUUUGAAAGACUUUACUAAGCCAUUGAAACACAAGAAGAAGAAAAAAACAACAACAACAACAACAACUACAGAUGUCUUAUUUUUACCCCUUACUUUUUGUGGAUUACAGGGUUU